UAAAUAUUUCUUAUUACUUAAAUUAACUUUGUUCUUAUAAUUUGAAUUGUUAAAAAAGAAACAUUCUGAAAGGAGAUUGUAAUUCUUUGUACCAUACGCUUUUGUUAAACAUUAGAUGUUACAGAUAUUUAAAAAAUUGCAUAUUCACAGUUAGUUCAAAAUGGGCUCUGAGCAGUCGAUGCCCCCUAAGAAUCAGCCACAAAGGGCACCUCCUGUUAGACGAGGACACACGAUAGCUGGUACAAAUGUGCCAGAUUUUCAUAGAGGUGGUGAUGCAACAACCAGUGGUAACAACUCUCCUGGGGCCAGCAUAUGUUCAGACUCUGAGUUACCAUAUAUAUCAUACACUGUUGAUCGUCCUAUUGGAGAUUCACCAAAACAUACAUCAAAGAACCAGCGUAUGGCAGAGAAUAAGAAGUCUCUUCUGCAGAGGCGUCAGAUGAGCCUCCAAGCGCGGAAAAGCAAACGAGCACGGGAUAUUGUUGUUGUUAAAGCCGCAUCUGAUACACAGUUGGACGAAGAUAUACAACGAUUGCAGGAAAUCCCAACAUUUCUCCCUAUUAUGAGGGGUACUCUUGGUUUGCCCGGUGCUCGUGAUCCUGAAGUGAUAGCUGGACUAGAUUAUAGACCGUGGGUUCGUAUGACGACCCGUCUGCAAGCGCAUCUGUCUGCCUGCGCUCAGCCCAUAGCAGCAGAUGAAGUCGCCCUCGCCACUAAAGUUAAAGAGGUCGACGCGGAGAUCUCCCGUCUCUAUUCUUUAUUAGUAGAGAGACAGAGAGCGAACGCGCGGCACGCAGAGCGCCUGUCACGGGUACGGGAGGUCGCCCACCAUUUAUCUAGAUGCAGGUCUUUGGUCAAUCAGUCUUUGCAAGAUAUUGAAGAGUUGAAUCUUUUACUACCAGAGAAUAAAAGAUUGGAACCAUUCGUAUGGAACGAAGAAAAAAUAGAAAAUAGCACAUAAUUAUGAUAGUAUAUAGCAAAGUUAUUUAAAUAAAUAUAAGCAAAUAAUCAUGAGAAUUUUAUGCUGUUUUAAAGUCGCUUACAUCCCGCAAGUCGGGAAGAUCUCAUCUCGUUGUUUAA